AUGUGGAGCUUCGACGCUUCAGAGUCCUCCCACGCGCCCAGUACCGCGGCUGAAUCGUCCUUGGCCUCUUUUCCGGCGACCGUCGCGUCCGACUCCCCUUCCUUCGGCUUUACGUCUUCCGCGACUUUCUCGUCUUCGUUCUCCUCCUCGCUGUACGCGCCUGCCUUCGGCGCAGCUCCAGAGGAGAGCCUGGCGUCGCCUGAAUUCAGCGAUAGAGACGCAUCCGCCUUUCAUGUACCCUUUCCUGUUUCAGACGUGCCUGGCGCAGACGCGCAGAUCGCCUCCGUCGAGGCCUCUCAGCCAACUGCCCGUGUCCGCCGGAGCUCCGCGGCUCCGCAGCACGCCUCCAGCGACUACCCAGAGUUCCUCCCUCGUCUCGCGCCGGUCCCAGAAGACGACGAUAGAGACUUGCGGCAGUUCGCCGUUGCCAUCCUCGCAGCCGCCGAGGCACGAGCGAAAGAUAUCGCCGAAGCGGUGGCAACUCCGCAGAAGCGAGGAGAUCCUGCGAAGCCGGAGGCUGGCCGAAGACCGGGGUCUGUUUCGGUGAAGAUUUCGAAUCCGAAGCAAGCUGCCCUUGAGCUGUCUGUACAGGACCGCCUGCUGCCGCACGUCGAGGCCUCUUUAGGGAGUUUGCAGAGUUUCCUUGCAGCCGUGCGAGCUGAGAAGCAACGCGCGCGCGAAUCCCUGCCGCUAGGCGGCUUGGCGCAACGAGCGUGUGAGGCGAUAGAAAGGGAAAAUGAGAAGUCCAUGCGGCGCGAUAUCUCCCAGUGA